AUGAAUUUGGCACUGAUUGACCCUUUCCAACUAGCCCAGGACUCGCCAGACGCUCUCACGAAUGAUCUCAGAUCUGGCCAUGCCACCACCCUCCGGUUCAGUCGCAAGGGCGACUACCUUGCAUCGGGUAGAGUGGAUGGCAAGGUCGUCAUUUGGGAUAUGGAAACAUACGGCGUGGCGAUGAAAUUGCAUGGUCACUGGAAACAGAUCCAAAGUCUAAGCUGGUCAAGAGACGGCCGACACCUCCUCACAGCAUCGCAGGACUGUCGAGCUUGCCUAUGGGACCUGCAAACACAACAACGGAUCCGGACCGUCAAAUUCGAAGCUCCCAUCUACACCGCCGAACUACACCCCUACAACCACAAUUUAUUCGUCGCAUCCCUUUUCGAAGACCGACCAUAUCUAGUCGACAUCACGAACCCCGAGCCCGUCAAACGCAUCCUCCCCACCACUCCGCUAAGCGACAGCAUUCCUCGGUCCGAGAACAAACAAGCCACGACCUCUGCCAUCUUCUCCGUGCUGGGUAACCACAUCAUCGCCGGCACCUCGAAAGGGUACAUCAACAUCCUGGAGACGGAAUCGCGCAAAAUCAUCCACUCGACCAAGAUCUCGACGGGUCUGAUCUCCUUGCUCCGUCUGACAUCCAACGGCCGCCAGCUCCUCGCCAAUAGCACCGACCGCAUCAUCCGCACCAUCAACCUGCCUGACCUCUCACUGAUCACGCCCUCGACGGCCCCGCCCUUCGAGCCGACCAGCGAAGACGACCAGCCCGACCCCGCCACCCUGGCCGAAAACAUCGUGCUAACGACCGAACACAAGUUCCAGGAUCUAGUGAACCGUCUGCGCUGGAACCACUGCGCAUUCAGUCACUCGUCCUCGACGGGCAUCGCCGACUACGUGACCGCCUCGACAUACAUGAAGAAGGACAUCUACAUCUGGGAGUUACGAACGAACUCACUGCUACGCAUCCUCGAGAACCGCGAAGAACCGGCGAUCAUCGAAUGGCAUCCGUCCCGACCUCUCCUGGCCUGUACGAGCAUCGAAACCGGCAGUAUCCAGAUCUGGGGGAUCGAGCCGCAGCAGAAGUGGUCGGCGCUGGCGCCCGACUUCACCGAACUCACCGAGAACGUCGAGUACAUCGAGCGCGAGGACGAGUUUGAUGAAUACCCGCAGGAAGAACACCAGAAACGACGGCUGGGUCGCGAAGACGAGGUUGUCGACGUGUUGACGGUCGAGAGGAAGAUGGGGGAGGAAGAGAGUUUCGUUCUGCCUAUGCUGUAUAAUAUCGAGGACAGUGACGGGGACGACCAGGAGCUGGUGAGGAUGGGAGUAGGCACCAUGCGGAAGAAGGAGAUCAACGAGGGCAAAGAGUAUGAGAAUGAUCCGGAGGAGGUUGCGAAGACGGCCAGGAAGCGGAAGUAG